AUGCGCUGCUCAGAUGUGUCUCCUGCCGGCACUCUUCUCGGGAUCUGUCUCUUGGCAGCUUUCAGCAACUUUGCUAAGACUUCRGCGGACUUCUCAGGUUAUAUAUCACAAGUGUUAAAGAAUUACACCGACCAUGCCUGCGAUGGAGAGUACAUUUCCCUGAGAUGCCCUCACAGAACCACCAUCAGUAUCCAGUCUUCUUUUUAUGGCCGAAUUGUACCAAGUCAUCAGCUGUGUCCCUCUCGCUAUCCUCACUCCUAUGCAGCUUUGGUUAAAGAAGAUGUGGCCUGUACAGUUGGCACUUCCCUUCAGAAGAUGCUGGACGAGUGCCAGGACCGACGGAGCUGCCAGUUCCUCGUCAACAGCCGGCUCUUCGGCGCUGAUCCGUGCCCGGGGACUGGCAAAUACCUCAUCGUGUGGUACAAGUGCAGGCCAAAUGAGUACAAGAGUAAAGCAGCCUGUGAAGAUGACAAGCUGAGGCUAAGCUGUAAGAAGAGCAUGGUGAUAGCCAUUUACUCUGCUGUCUUUGGAAGGACACAAGGAGGCAGCCUGGAGUGCCCAUACCAAAGCCUGGGGAUGCCCAUGAUUGAGUGUCAGUCAGCUACUGCUCUCCAAAUCAUGAUCAAGCGCUGUCAUGGGAAAAGGAGUUGCAGCAUAUAUGCCAGCACCUAUGAAUUUGGAGACCCUUGUUACCCUGGCAUCCGAAAGCAUCUUAAUGUCAUCUACACGUGUGUUCCCAAGAAGCUUCUGCAUGAAAGCCAGCCAAGACCAACCAAUUACCAAGGAUUUCAGAAGCCACAUUUCCCACUGCGGCCGAGGGCAUUUGAUCCCAACGUUAUAGGGGACGGCGUGUUCCUCUCUGAUGUCUCUCCUUCCAACCUAGGGCGUGCUCUCCCAGCAGAGAAGAAGAAAGGGAGAUCGGCCACCUUCUACCCUCAGGAGAUCACCCCGUCCCGGCUUCCCGUGGAUGAGACACAAGCGCCAGCGUUCAACGGCAGCAUGGAGCCUGUGGGCGUCAGCACGGAGAUGGCACUGCUCAGCAACAUCCUCGCCGCCUACUCCUUCAUCACAGAGAACCCGGAGCGCGCUGCUCUGUAUUUCGUGUCUGGCGUGUGCAUUGGACUCGUGCUGACGCUGCUCGCCCUGGUGCUCAGGGUGUCCUGCCGAACGGACUGCAAGCGCUCGCCCGCCAAGAAGCCCCCGCGGGAGCGGGAGAGCGACAGCGACAGCAGCGACAGCGACGACGACUCGGACACCACGUCGGACCUGUCGGCCCGCAGGCACCGCAGGUUCGAGAGGACUUUGAACAUGAACGUCUUCACGUCGGCCGAGGAGCUGGAGCGAGCGCAGCGGCUGGAGGAGCGCGAGCGCAUCAUCCGGGAGAUCUGGAUGAACGGCCAGCCGGACAUCCCCGGCACCAGGAGCCUCAACCGCUACUACUAAGCGAUGGGGACCCCCAACCGUCCAGUUCUGCGCCCUGGGUCCUCCACACGCGAUACAGAGAGGACGGARGAGAGGAGUAUUGCGUGGGAGUAUUCCCUUUUCCCUUCAGGAGCGCUGCGUGGUGCAGCRCGGAUGGACAGCAAUAAAGCAUCCCCCUCUCCUUUUCCCUGACAUUGCUAUCAACGCUCCUCCCCUGAUGCUCCUCUUCAUGGAGACUCUCUGGUUGCAGCAGAGCUGGUCGUCAACUUCGUUUCUUGGUGGUAGGCAGGAAGAUGGCUUUUACGUCCUCCCACAUGGGGCUUUGAGUCUGGCGUGCUGCGGUACGAUUGCUCCUCUCGUGGAUGGGGAGAGAAGUCAUCCAGGUUUUGAUUCUGAUUUGGGAUUUUUUGGUUUCCCUUUCCUGAGGAUUUUGGGGUAAUUGUGAGCAAAACUUCAGGUCUGGAAAAYGAGUUGGCAAGGGAGGGGAAAUGCAUCCUGACCAACUGUCUUGUGACUUCAGAAGCCAUGAGAUU